CCGUGUUUUUAAUGGAGCCAAACCGGGCCCAUUGUAAUCUACGGAGCUCGACUGCCUUUAGGUUAUAUUUUGGAAGCAAACAGAGGAAGAGAUACGGUAGUGUGAAACCGGCCCAAGGCUAGUUGGAAGUUUCCUUUGGAAGUAGCCUUCCUGGAAAAUGAAGAGACGCACAAAAAUGCAUAGGAUAUCCAUUUGGUCAGGCCUCUUACUCACGGUCUACAUGACAAUCGGUUCAUGUGUAGAAGUACGGUUGCAGAGGCGGGAACCGGAUAUCUAUGCCAAAUGUCUUCUCGCACUCCUUGAGGACGUGCAGCACGUCGCUACGGCUGUUCAAAUCACUCUCAUUCCGCCGCGCUUCUCCCCUGAGGAAGAGUGUGUGCUUAAAGGGGAGUACGCGUACAUGGUCUCGUAUGCAAAGCAAGGCGAAGAACCGCAACGCUGGAUACCUCCAGGCACUGAAGGACCCAUAGUCCUCCAUAACCUCAAGCCCUCGACAGCCUUCAGAAUAACGGUAGCCAUGAGCUACCACUAUACCAGCACAAAUGAAGCGAAGGAAACACCAGAGUUCCUAAUUGAGACGAAAACCACAGACAUCGCAGUUCCUCCACCACCGACUACGGAAAUCAAACUGGUGGAUUCAUCCCUACUGAAUAAGACCCAGCAGAGGUAUGAAUUUCCUUUCCACAUCUUCAGCGACGACAACGGGAUUGUCAAACAUGUCCAUAUACUCGUGGCACAGUACACGGAAAUAGAUAAGUGCGAGCAGCGAGUUACGUGGAAAGCAGCCCAUUCGCACUCCCCCAUCAAGUGUUACGAUGCCGGACGUAUCGACCGGUUUAAUUCAGGUUGCCAAGUCAAAGGUACUACGCUGACAUGCGUGUUGGGGUUUCAAGAAGAAUGCGAUGGCAGUAUAUGCAAUGGACCACUGACCCCUGGCGUAAAGUACAGUUUCUGA